ACUUUUGUUGACGUUUUUUGGGCGAAUUUUCAAAUGAGAUUACUUUUUCUUCAUCCAGAUCUUGGAAUCGGUGGUGCUGAGCGUUUGGUUGUCGAUGCUGCUAUUGCCCUUCAAAAUCGUGGCCACACAGUUAGCUUCCUGACAAAUCACCAUGAUCCCACUCAUUGUUUCGAAGAAACUCGCAAUGGAAGUUUGCGGGUAAGAGUUGUCGGUGAUUGGCUUCCAAGAAGUAUUUUUGGAAAGUUUUACGCUUUCUGUGCUUACUUUCGAAUGGUUUAUGCUGCAUUCUAUGUCGUGUUGUUCCAAUCCAAAGAAGAACCGGUUGAUGUCAUUUUCUGUGAUCUCAUUUCUCUAGGAAUUCCAAUCCUAAAGUUAACUCAUCGCUCGCCAAAAAUAUUGUUUUAUUGUCACUUCCCUGAUCAGUUGUUAACCAAGCCUGGGGGCAUUUUAAAGACGAUAUACCGAAUGCCAUUAAACUACUUAGAAGAGAAAACUACAGGAGCCGCUGAUGGAGUUCUUGUAAACAGCAAAUUCACCAGUCGCGUCUUUAGUGAAACUUUCAAAAGUCUCAACGUUACACCAGACGUCUUAUACCCAUCAUUGGUUACAAAAUCAUUCGAUAACACUGAAGUACUUUCAAAUGAUAUUCAUGAUAAUGCAAUUGUUUUGUUAUCAAUUAAUCGUUACGAACGAAAAAAGAAUCUCCCCUUGGCUUUGAAAUCUUUCAAGUUAUUAGAGCGGAUUGUGACUAAACAUGAAUGGGAUCGACUUCAUCUUGUUAUUGCGGGUGGGUAUGAUUCAUUAAAUACUGAAAAUCGUGAGCAUUACGAAGAGUUAUUGGUCAUCAUGGAAAAUCUUGGUUUGAAGGAUAAAGUAACGUUUGAACGUUCGCCAUCUGAUGAAGUCAAAGUGAAGCUUUUACAUCAAUGUAAACUCUUAUAUUACACUCCAACAAAUGAACACUUUGGAAUUGUCCCUCUAGAAGCAAUGUAUAUGAAACGUCCUGUCAUUGCUGUAAGUAGUGGUGGCCCAACGGAGACUAUCGUUGACGAACAAACUGGCUUCCUUUGUGAAGCUGAACCGGAAGAUUUUGCUAAUGCCGCUGCAAGAAUCAUUAAAAACCCGAAGCUUGGAGAAAAAAUGGGUGAAAUGGGUCGAAAGAGAGUCGAACAACGCUUUUCAUUUGAAGCAUUCACAGAAAAAUUAGAUCAAAUUGUUCAAAGCUUGGUUGAUAAAAAAUCAAAAUAA